ACCCAGGAUUCACUACCAGGGGAGUUCCUGGUUCCUUCCGCGGCAGAGUGCGCGCGCCACUUCUGCCCUUGGAUUACUUACUACCGCGUUCUUACUCUCUGCAUCGCGUUAUUCCAGGCAUGAAGAAACUGAUGGAAUGGCUGUGGAUAGCUGUGGUCUGGGCGACACUACUGUGGCCUGCAUUAGAUGCAGCCCCACAAGAGGCGGUAUCUUAUGAGAAAAAUGGUGUAGCUGACUUAGAGAUCCAGUCAAAAAAGAUAAGUCUCGAUCCAGAACCUGAUUACGAGGUUCACGUCCAUCCUUACCCAGAGGACCUGUUGACAACUUACAAAAACCCUUUCGAAAAUGUGACGAAGUCGGACGUUCUGAAAUAUGCGGAUGGUCUGUUUCACUUCGUCAAAGUUGUCGAUCAAGACAAAAUCUACGCUACGGAUGUGCUGGAUGACUCGUGGAAAGGGUGGCUUGGAUAUUUUAAGAAGUUUUUCCCCUUGAAGAACUUAUUCACAUUCAAAGAAGCAAACGAAAUUGAAAAUCCCAUUGAAGAUGCGCCGGUUUCAAUUUGGGACCAGCUUCUAUUCCAGCUUCUUAGGCGUCUUUUCGUCACUCAAGCACAGGAUGGAGGGGGUGGUGGAACUGUCGAUUGUGAACAACAAACAGAAUCACCUACACUCGAACCCCAGUACACGUCGAUUAAGUUCGAUCCCAUUGGGCAAUUUGCGAAUGGAAUAUUACACGCUCUAAAGUAUUAUACGGGUUACGAAAGCAUCUAUGACUGGUUUAAUAUAAUCGGGGAAGAAUUUCAGAACUAUACUGCCUUUACAGAGGAAAUCACAGACAAGAAUCAAGUUGCUCAAAAUAUAGUAGAUGCUGCCUUACAGUCUGGAGGCAUAGUGGCUUUCCCUCUUCCUGAUGUUGUGCUGAACAUCGCUAGAUAUGAUCCAAUUGCCCUAGGCAUCAACGCUCUUGUUUUCGUCGGCUUCCAUCUAUUCUUCUGGGGAGUCUUCGUACCCGUAUCAGCUUAUGGCAGUUUCUUUGCCGAUGAAAAUAACCCUGAAGAUGUGACAACAACAAUAAGCCCACCUGAAAUGGAAGAAGAAAAUGGAGAGGAAGAGGAAGGAGGCGGAGAAGGGGAGCAAGAGGCUGGAGAAGAGGAUAUGGCAGGUGAUGAAGGGGAUGGAGCAGAGGAAAUGGCAGGCGAUGAAGGGGAUGACCAAUCUGCUAAUGGCAUGGAACUUGCAGAUGACUUACAGCCACCUCCUAUGGAACCUGCAGACGAUAUGCAGCCACCCAGUAUGGAACUUGAAGACGAUAUGCAGCGACCCAGUAUGGAACUUGCAGACGAUAUGCAGCGACCCAGUAUGGAACUUGAAGACGAUAUGCAGCGACCCAGUAUGGAACUUGAAGACGGUAUGCAGCGACCCAGUAUAGAACUUGCAGAUGACCUACUACCACCCCCAAUGGAACCUGCCGAUAGCUUACAGCAAGCUAACACAGGACAGCAGGGUCAACAAGAUAACUUUGGGCAACAGGGUCAACAGAAUGAGUUUAGGCAACAGGGUCAACCAGCUAACAAUGUGCAGCAGGGUCAAGAGGUCAACUUCGGGCAACAACAAGGUCAGCAAACUAACCUUGGACAGCAGGGUCAACAAGCUAACUUUGGGCAGCAAGGUCAACCAUUUAAUUUUGGGCAACAAGAUCAACAAGGAAACUUAGGGCAGCAGGGUCAACAAUUUAAUUUUGGGCAGCAAGACCAACAAGGUAUCUUUGGGCAGCAGGUUCAACAAACUAGCUUUGGGCAACAGAGUCAACUGCCUUCAGAUCUUCCGAACGUCGGACAAGGAGAUGAAAACAACAGAAGAGAAGACCCAUACAGGUAUCACCAUUACUACAACAAUGAUUACAGCAACUAUUACCAUAGAAAUUAUCGAAACAGAUAUCAAAUCGUUCCUAGACCGUAUGCCUAUUAUCAUGGAAAUUAUAAUAAUAGGCGUGGGAGUUUGUAUUGAUCACAUAUUAUUACCAGUGCUAUAAUAAAGACGUGACAGUGUUCCUAGACCUCAGUACAAACGGAAUAGAAAAGAAUCGCAGUCCAUUGAUGACUAGUACAGUCAUUAGGUUGGUGGUCCUCACGUGAAUGACACUCCUCAGAACAUAAACACUUAACUAUAAUGAAGCUCUGAGGUGAUAGUAAUGUUAUUUCAUGAAUAUUGAGCCAAAGACAUGCCUAGAAAUCAGUAAAUACAUGGUGCUUAUGUGUAUGAGCAGCGUGAACAUAUACCUCACUGCAAACACUCUAUUCUGAUUUUGUAAUAUAAAACCAGUGAAACUACUAUGGAGGUAUGCAGCAUUUCAGCCACAAUAAGUUUAUAAUGAGAAGCAGGCAACAGAUUUAUGUUUUUCAUUGUAGGCCUGAGAUUUUCCAUGGAUUUGUAGUUCUGUUAUACCUAACAAUGGAGUUUCUCUCUCCAUUAUUCUUGUGUUACGUUAAAUUUUCUCUCUGGCUCAUCGUUUGAUAAGUUGUAAUAGUAUGUCAUGGUAGAUUCACAUUAACCGUGCAUUUGGUGUUUAGGUCAGUCCCUUACGACGCUCCUGAUUGGCUGUUUUAUGAUAAGCCAAUGACGGCUGGAAACUGUCUCCCGAGAGAGCUUACAUGGGUAGGAUCUAUCUUCCACCUCUCCUGAGGGAUACGUCUUUCAAAAGCAUCCCUCAGGAGAGGUGGAACAUAGAUCCCACCCAUGUAAACUCUCGAGAGAGACUGAGAGUUUCUCAGCCAGUGGCUCAGCCUUGUGAUUGGCUUAUCAACAGUUAAACAGGAGCGUCGUAAGGGACUGGCCUAGAUAUUAGAUGCACGGUUAAUGUGAGCCUACUAUAGUACUUAGCUAAUUCUCUGGUAAUGAGCACAACUGUUUUUUCCAUGUAGCUUGACACAAUUUCUGUCGAACGCGAAACAUUUCAUAUUCAUUCAUCACUCAUCCGUUAUUUAUUACCAUUUGCUUAGCAUUCAUUUCUUACGCUUUAUACCCAUCUGUUAUAAAUCACUUGCACUUAAUAAGCUACUUUUAAAUUAUGCAGUGAUAACCCUUUUUUUAACUGAUGGUUUGUUAUUAUGCAUGGUUAAUAACAAUGGAAAUAUUCAAUGGUGCAUUUAUUUUGAGAACUGUGAUAAUUAUCGUGUGUGCUACUUUGUCUUGCACAAUUAUCGCGCUGUAGAAUACAAAACAUGACAAGUACUGAAGUCGUGUGGAAAUAGAUAAUGUUCAGGAGAGGGUGCAGUAGGCAAUAAAAACAACGUUUUUUCAGAAGAAGGUCAGGGAUAACUUUUUAUGAUUUCGCUACAGAUUGAUUGUACAUCUUUCCUUUGUUGUGGUUUUGUACGACAGAUAGUCAGAA